AUGCCGAACCAAAUCCGCGACAUUUGCACCGUUGAUACGGAAUCAUUUCCCUACAUUUUCGAACAAAACAUUUCAGUAUUAUUAAAUGAUGGAGGGAUUGUUCGCUGCAAUGUCUACCGGCCAAAGGAUGGCAGCACAUUAACUCGUUACCCCGUGCUGGUGACGUAUGGGCCUUAUGGGAAAGACAUCCCGUAUGAAAGUUUCAACAAGAAAAGCUUCAUCGAAGUGAACCCCAAUCACCAAACUCCGCAUUCAUCGUGGGAGACCCCGACUCCUGAAUAUUGGACGAAACACGGAUACGUCGUGGUGCGCGCCGAUGAGAUUGGAAGCGGCCAGUCCCCCGGAACCCUCGAUCCUCUUUCUGCAAAGAGCAUUGACGGGUUUUGUGAAGUGAUUGAAUGGGCCUCGGAGCAGAGUUGGUCGACCGGCAAAGUUGGUCUACUAGGAAUCAGCUACUUUGCUGCUACCCAAUGGCAGGUCGCAGCGCGCAAUCCCAGGGGCCUAGCUGCAGCAAUCCCGUGGGAAGGGCUCUCGGACCUUUAUCGAGAAUCCUUUCGACAUGGGGGCAUCUUAUCUAAUAGCUUUCUUGGCCUCUGGUGGGCUCGUCAGGUAGCAUCCAAUCAGUAUGGGUUGCCGGGCAAAGCUAGCAGGUGCUGGGGCCCCGACACUAUCGAGGGUGAUCUGCCGGAAGAUGAGCUGAAAGCGAAUCGGGUGAAUCAGUUAUUAUUCGCUUCCGAUAACCGUUAUCGAGACAGCAAACCCUUCAUUUCAGACUAUAAACUCGAGGAUAUCAAGUGUCCAAUUCUCAGUGUUGCGAACUGGGGCGGUAUAUUGCUUCAUCUCAGAGGAAACGUGGAAGGUUUUACUCGCGCUGGCUCUGAUCUGAAGUAUCUUCGCUUUAUCGUGGGGCGUCAUGAUUUGCCUUUCUACUACGAAGAAGAAGUUGAGCUUCAGCGAAGCUUUUUGGAUGCAUUCUUGUUGGGCGACGAUCGACGUGGGUGGUCGAAGAAGGGCACCAUACCUCCUGUGGACUUGAUUCUUCGGAAGGGAGACGUUGGUUUCAACGAUCCAGCAGCAGAAAAACACUUUCCACGAAGAUUCGAGAAGGAAUGGCCGAUUGCAAGAACCGAGUAUACACAGCUGUUUCUCGGCCCCGAUGGAGAGAUGGUCUCCACACAACCACAUGUGACAACCCCCGUUCAGCAAAGCUACGAAGCACCUGGUGCGGGGCGGCCCUCAGAUAUGGCUUCAUUUACCACAAAGCCAUUCAAAGCAGCAACAGAGAUCACUGGGCAUAUUGUCGCUCACCUCAAUGUUUCCGUCACUCAAUAUCAAGGGGGUCCUGUUCCUUCUGAUAUAGACAUAUUUGUCAGCCUUCGACAUAUUUCCUCUCAGGGUACAGAGAUUCUUUACACCGGUACAACUGGAGAAGGUGUACCAGUGACGAAAGGAUUUCUCCGAGUCAGUCUACGAAAUGUCAAGCCAGAGCAUCCUCGACAUCGGUCAUGGCUCCCUCAUCGGGAUUAUUACUCAACCGAUAUUCUGCCAGUCCUCCCUAACACAGUAUACGGAGUGGAUAUUGAGCUUUGGCCCACGAAUGUAGUGGUUGACCGCGGGGGUUGCUUGUCGCUAGAGAUUAGCUCGGGAGACACUGCUGGCACUGGAAUGUUUGGCCAUAAUGAUCCAGUCGACAGAGCUGAGACCGUCUUCAAGAUUGAGAAUCACAUUCACUUUGGCGAUUCAUACGUCAACUACAUCACGAUCCCAGUGAUACCUUGA